GGUGAGGAGAGGAGCCGAGGCGAGGCGAGCCGGCGGGGAGGCAAGCUCACAGGUAUCAGAGUAAACUUAUAAGGCACCAAAUGUGCUGGUACGCUGAAAGCACAUCUGCUCAGUGUGAACACAGCUGUACGAGCUGGCUUCUUCACUACUGGGAAAUAAGAUCCUGAGAAGGAGAGCAGCAGUCUGCUAUAUCUGUGAUCUACAAUGAAUGCAAAAUCUGCAAUCAGCAAAGAAAUUUUUGCCCCACAUGAUGAAAGGAUGCUGGGAGCUGUCCAAGUGAAAAGAAGAACAAAAAAAAAGAUUCCUUUCCUAGCUACUGGGGGUCAGGGUGAAUAUUUAACAUACAUCUGCCUGUCAGUGACGAACAAGAAACCAGCUCAAGCUUCUAUUACGAAGGUGAAGCAAUUUGAAGGCUCUACAUCUUUUGUCAGGAGAACGCAGUGGAUGCUCGAGCAGCUUCGCCAGGUCAAUGGUAUAGACCCUAAUCGGGAUUCCCCAGAAUUUGAUUUACUAUUUGAAAAUGCUUUUGACCAAUGGGUAGCAAGCACAGCUUCAGAAAAAUGCACAUUCUUUCAGGUUCUACAUCACACUUGUCAGCGAUACCUUACAGACAAGAAGCCAGAAUUUAUCAACUGCCAGUCUAAAAUUAUGGGAGGAAACAGUAUACUCCAUUCAGCAGCAGACAGUGUGACAAGUGCAGUACAGAAGGCAAGUCAGGCUUUGAAUGAGCGUGGUGAAAGGCUAGGUCGAGCAGAAGAGAAGACAGAGGAGCUGAAAAACAGUGCUCAGCAGUUUGCAGAAACUGCACACAAGCUUGCCAUGAAGCACAAAUGCUGAGAUACUGCCCAAAGUUGAAACCUUCCUGAGAAACUGGAAAGGCUACGUUCAGCAGUUCUUACAGGAGAUCCAGACUUCUGUGUGCUUUUUUCUUCCAGUUCAGUGGAGAUGCAUUCUUUCAGUUUCUGUGCAGGAAAAAGUGUUGCAUUUCUACCUUUUUUGACUUUUGUUCCUCUUUUGUAAUAUUGCUACACAGUCCUGCAGUACUUUCUACCUGUAUUUCAGUUGUUACAGGAGUGAAAGCAAACAGGGGAACUGGACCAAAUGACAAGUUGAUCGGGAUUAAAAUAGUAAUAUUCUUUCCCAUUUGUACAGAAAGUUAUUUAACUGGUUAUGGACGUAUGUGUGGAAGUAAAAUCCAAAGAAGGGGUAUACUUUUCUUCAUUUUAUGUAGCAUCAGCAGGAUGUGAAUGUUGGAAUUAAACACCUGGGGUUGUAAUUAUUGUGGAGAACAGGCUGCUUUGUCCUGGGAAACAGAAAAACGUGUUUCUUCUACCCAAUGUAGGAAGUUUUGCAUGUGCCAUCACCAGCAUUCAGAAGUGCAUAUCUGAAUUUCAUAGGGGAAUCUGUUACCAGUGCUGCAUUUUGAGUAUUUCUAUUUUCCCUUCAGGAUUGAUUAUUUGAAUAGUAUAAUGAAACCUGCAGAAUGUAUGCUUGAGGUUUCAAAAUAGAGGAAAAAAAGUAAUUUUUACAUCUAUACACACAUAGCUGUGCCUCAAACACAGUCUAGAAUUUAGCAAUCUGAUAUAAAAUAACAUUUCAUUUUCUUUUUACCUGUGAUUCUGUGGCUAAAGGUCUGUGUAAAUGACAGUGCAAAGGCCUGGGAAAAUGAGAAUGCAUCAUUUUCCAAGUCACCUCUUUUUCAUAAAUUCUAUAGUAGGAAUUUUUUGGAACACUUCAGAAAUUUGUCUGAUUAGAAUGACUUCUGUGUUAGCUAGUCGUCUGAUUUUUAAAAUAGAGGCUUUCAAAAAGCAUGUCUUGGUACAUAGAAUCAUAACUCCUAGUUUGGGUCUCAGUUUUCAAUAUAUAUUAUCACUGGAAGGGUGACUCCCUACUUCACUCUGUAUUCACUAUAUGCAAUAUAUGCACUGUAUUCUCUUACAAAAAUAAGUAGGUUACUCUUUUCCUUCACAGCUGUUUUCUUAACAUUUUUAAGAUGUUCUAAUAUGCUUCUAGAAUGAAGAAAAAAAAGAAAAAAAAAGAUGCUGCUUUUUUUUUUAAAAAAAAAAAAAACCAAACAAAUGGUAAACUAGAAACAGAAAUCCUAGCAGAAGUUUCAGCCUUCAUCUUCUGAAGAUGCCUGCUCUUCAUUUCUGUCCUCAUCUUACUGGAGAGCCAGAAAGCUGGCAUUAUAUGAAUGUACUGUAGUUUUCAUUUUCAAUGUAGAAUAAGAUUUUUGCAUUAUUGAUGACACUUUAAACAGUCUAAAAUCCUCAGAGCAGUGCUUGUAAGAGACAUAAAAGCUUCUGUAGUAAUUGAGAAUAUUUUAGUUACUGCAAGCUGAAGUAACUGAAAAUCUCUUGGAAAUACCCAUUUUGUAAAAAGAUGCUUGGUUUCAGGAAAACAUGGUCAUUUGAACUAAGGACACUGUCUAGUUAACUGAUUGCAUUCAAACUUUACAUCUGUUUUUUUUUUUUUUUUUUACUGUAAUUUAAACUGGUUUGUAUGAAGCUUUUUAUUUAUUUUCACACUGGGAAUUGAGAGAAGGGGUAAAUUUGUCAUCUGUGUAGUACCAUACGAUCAUUUAGAUCUAUUUAGCGUCAGCUCUAACAGUUACUACAUCCAACACCAUCAGCUGAAAAGGAAUUUGGCCACAUCUGUUGUAAGUCAGAACAGGCUCAUUAACAACAUGAGUUCUGAACACUCCAUUGAGCUACGUACAAUUAAUGCUUGCCCCGGAAAUGCCAGUAGCUUUCUGAGCACUGCUGUAAUGACUAUGGGUAUUUUCUGCAAAUUAACCAGGAAAACGGUCUCUCAUUAGAAAUUAAACUCCUGCUAGAGACCAAAUGUUAGGCUGUUUUUUAAAAAUAGCUGCAUUAGAAAUUAGUCAGGGAGUACAUUUUUGACCACAUAGCUAUCUUCUGUUGUCAUCUUUUCCACUCUAACUUUUUUAACUAUAUUCUGCUGCUAACCUCACAAGUCUUUCUCUUGAGAGAAAGAAGGAAUAGGUUUUGAACUACUGCCAUCUAGCUGGGCUUCUAAGCUUGUCAAUAAUUUAGAAGAAAUGUCUAAACCCCAGAUGAGAUAAACCUGAAAAGAAUUAGUUGUUUAAAUUCACAUGAGACAUGGUUUUCAGGUGUUUACAUGAAUAUUGGCUGGACAGGACAAGGUCACAGUUGCACUGCUAAGUUCCAGACAUUUUGUGAGUUGAACUGUUCUAAAACAUUACUUUAGUCCCACUAACAGUUUUUCAGCAUAUUUUUUUUUAAUAUCCUCCAGUUAAAUGUAUUGUGUUAUGUAUCAUAACUCAGGACUUCUAUCCAACCAUCAAAAGCCAUUUACUAUGGGAAUUCUGAGUAACCUAGUGUUAUUGAAUGAAGGAAAAGCGGUUUGUCUGUGUGUUCACUUUGUUCUUCCUGUUCAUUAACUACAAGAUUGGUAGUUUUUAGGGAAAAAAAUAUCAGAGGUGUAUAAAUGUCUAUCCAAAGGUAAAUCUUACAGCAUUGCAAUUUCCUUCUGGAACUUAGCUUGUAGUGUAUACAACCUAGUAUUAUUAGAUAGUCAUGUACAUAACAUAUACUAUAAUGCAGGUUAGUGUUUCACAUGAAAGAAUGUAUUUGUAAAUUGUAACAAUAUCAAUAGUUUCUUUAUCUUUUUAAAGUUCUGCAAAGAAUAAAAAUAAUGUAUUGUUAGACGAGUACUGUACUGCAAACUCUGUCUUAAAAGGCUACUUUUGUGUCUAGCAAAAGUUGUGCAUUAUGUGAAAUAUUAACAAAAACGUGCUCUCUAAAAAGUGAUCUUAAAGGUAGGUAGGUUUUGCUAUGAUAUGCCAGAAUUGUAAUACUUGCUGGUGUCUAUUGUAACCAAUUCCUUGAAAGUUCUCAAAGAUGUAGAAAUUAUUUUGUGCCAUUCUGGGGGGAAAAAAAGUGGGACCUGCUCUCUUGAGUCAUUACUGGAAGCCCUGAUUUUGUCAUUAAAUACUGUAACUGUGA